CUCAAAAACAGCAGUUUACAAUUUUCAUACACUAGAACAAUAGAAAGGAAGACGGAGGAAAAAUAAUGGAUAGUUUGUCCCUGUUCCGAGUUGGGGGGAUUCAUGGGCUCUCCACGCCGACGCCGGUCUCCGUCCCUUCUGGUGCAGGAAUCGACGGCCGUACCUACCUCACUCAUGUUAGCGCCUUCGGACGUUCUGCAGGCGGCGGUGCCUCCCCCAACACUAAUGCCAUUUCCGUGGACAAUUCCACUUCUACCACUUCUGCACCUCGGAACACCUCUUCCUGCUCCAUAUUUUCCUUCGUGUACCACCCCCUCAGAUCUUUCUGGUUUGGUGGAAGGAAGCGAAACGACGCCAUUGCCCUCGACGACGCCGUUGUUAUCUCCGCCCCUGCUGAUGCAGCAGUGGAAGGAGAUUCCAUUGCCAUCGAAGGAGCAGAUAUUGGAUGCGACCAGUCCGGGGAGAGGCGGGGCAACUGGGUUUCCAAGAUUCUUCAUGUCAGGUCUCUUUGGGCGGACUCGGACUCGGAACAGGGGAAGAGCUCUGUCUGUGAACUGGAGCCAGAGGAGCAGAAAGAGAGCGAUCCGGUGAAUUGUCUAGUCAGGGAGUGUUCUUGCUGCGAUGCCUGUGACGGUGAGGGGUCUAGGGCUCCUGAAGAGGAGCUCCAAUUCGAUCGGGAUUCGUUCUCAAGAUUGCUCCAGCGGGUGUCGUUGGCAGAAGCAAAACUGUAUGCCCAAAUGUCGUAUUUGGGGCACUUGGCUUAUUCAAUACCCAAAAUUAAGCCAGGAAAUCUCCUGAAGUAUCAUGGGCUACGUUUUGUUACUUCUACGGUUGAGAAGAAAGCACGGUCACCCAAUGGUGGAAAGGAGCGGAACUCAUCACAUGUUCAAGAACCAGAAAAGAAGCCUGAGGAAGAAACAGAGGACAGGGAACAGAGGAAAGAUGGACACCGCAUAAGUGCUUCUGCUGCAUAUCAGAUUGCUGCCUCUGCUGCUUCUUACUUGCAUUCUCAAACAAGGAGCAUUCUUUCCUUCAAAUCCUCAAAGGCUGACGCUAGGAAGGAUUCAGUGGAUAAGUGCACAGAAGCCAGUGACAAUGUCAACACAGUGAGCUCAGAAGUAGCUUCACUAGUGGCGACUACCAACUCUGUUACUGCUGUUGUUGCAGCAAAGGAGGAAUUGAAACAAGCUGUUGUGAAGGACUUGAACUCAGCACAUUCUUCGCCUUGUGAGUGGUUCAUAUGUGAUGAUGAUCAGAGUGCGACAAGAUUCUUUGUCAUUCAGGGUUCUGAAUCACUGGCUUCUUGGCAAACAAAUUUACUCUUCGAGCCCAUUCAAUUUGAGGAACUGGAUGUGCUUGUGCAUAGGGGUAUCUAUGAAGCUGCCAAAGGAAUCUAUGAACAGAUGUUGCCUGAAGUCCGUUCCCAUCUGAAGUCUCGUGGUGACAGAGCAAAACUCCGUUUCACUGGACACUCCCUUGGUGGAAGCCUUUCCCUUCUUAUAAACCUCAUGUUGCUAAUCCGGAAAGAAGUGAAACUCUCUUCCUUACUUCCUGUCAUAACAUUUGGCUCCCCAUCUAUCAUGUGUGGAGGCAAUCAGUUGCUUCAAGAAUUGGGUUUGCCAAGGAAUCAUAUUCAAGCAAUUACAAUGCACCGAGAUAUUGUUCCCCGGGCUUUUUCUUGCACUUACCCUGAUCGUGUGGCAGAACUUCUCCGAGCAGUCAACGCUAGCUUCCGUAAUCAUCCAUGUCUCAAGAACCAGAAACUGCUGUAUGCUCCGAUGGGGGAUCUUCUGAUCUUACAGCCAGAUGAGAAAUUAUCCCCACACCACCACUUACUCCCUUCUGGUGGUGGCCUUUACCUUCUCAAGUGUCAAGGUUCAGAUUCUAUUGAUGCAGAGAAGGAACUCCGAGCUGCACACAGAGUGUUCUUCAACUCACCCCAUCCACUUGAGAUUCUUAGUGACCGGUCUGCUUAUGGAUCCGAUGGCACCAUUUACAGAGACCAUGACAUGAAAUCCUACUUGAGGUCUGUGAGGGGUGUGAUUCGUCAAGAGCUCAACCGCAUAAGGAAGGCUAAGGGGGAGCACCGCCGCCGAGUUUGGUGGCCCCUUGUGGUGCCACAUGGUGUCAUAGUGAGUGGGCAUGUGGCACCCAACAACAUGGGUCAGCACCAAGUAAAUUUCUCUGGCAUUCUACGAACUGGAAGAGAAUCAUUGAAUCGAUUCAGCAGGCUUGUUGCAUCACAGCACAUGCAUUUGAUGGUUGUGCUCUUGUUCCCUGCAAGGUUACUACUAUUAGGGACGUUUGCUGUUGUCAAUUUGGGUUGAAUUUGCAGGUUCGGGGUUGGGGGGAAUAGUUUCUACUGUAGUUUUUGUCAGUUAUACUGGGGAAUUCAGAAUUGGAUAGGUGGAAGGAUUUUUUGGCUGGUUUAAGGACAGGUGAUUCUUUUAUUCAUUAGUUUUACGAAUACCGAUUUUUUUUCUUUCCUCUAGCUGGAGGAAAAUGUCAUGUAAAGAAACAAACCUUCUCUGCCAAAAAUGUCAAGUGGCUUGAAGUUGCUUUUUUUUUUUUCUUCUACCUAUGUCCUGAGAAUGGGUGUAAUUCAUGUUCUAGUCCAACCUCCAACGACAAGAAGGUAGAUCGAUGUUGACGGGUAACUGAUGUUUUAGAGUCGGAUUUGGGAGUUGGGACACCAAUUGUCAUUUGUCAAUCACAUGGCUAAGUCUGUUGAUACAAAAUUCUGUAUAUAAAUACAAGUUCUUAGUUGUA